ACUGAUGCGAACUGAAUCCAGAUCGACAGACCCAGAACAUCAGCUGAUCUGGAAGCAGUGCCGAGCACACGCGCUCCAUUGACUGACAGGGACAAGACGGUCGGGCGGUGUUUGUCGUUAACGUGGAUCAGUGACCACACCGCUCACCCGAGAGUAACUGGUGAACAAACCAAAGUGACAAAUUGUGACAGUACAGUCGAAGCGGAGGAAUUCGGGUAAAAUCGAAAGUGGGUCCUCCGCUGUUGACCGCUCUGCCCCGGUGGACACAGGCUCGACCCCGGGUCCAUGGUAGCGCCGCUCGGACGUGGAGCGGAUCGACACGGUGGGACACCCUGGAAGAGACGGAGAAGCCCCGGGAGGACGCCGGUCACCGCGGACUCGAUGUGAGGAUCGUCGCGGCAACAUGUGACAUGAACCGGGAGAAAACUGCGACCGAGGCCAACGACAUCAUGUUGGUCCGGAGCCCGCCCGGCCGGGGCCGAGCCAGAGUCACUCAUGCGGUGGUGGUGAUCUUCCUGGAGUUCUUCGCAUGGGGGCUGCUGACCACGCCCAUGUUGACCGUUCUUCACGAGACGUUUCCUCAGCACACCUUCCUGAUGAACGGCCUUGUUCAGGGAGUGAAGGGCUUCCUGUCUUUCCUGUCAGCUCCUCUGAUUGGUGCUCUGUCAGACAUCUGGGGCAGAAAGUCCUUCCUCCUCCUGACGGUCUUCUUCACGUGCGCUCCCAUCCCCUUCAUGAGGAUCAGCCCCUGGUGGUAUUUCGCUCUCAUCUCAGUCUCAGGGACCUUCGCUGUGACCUUCUCGGUGAUCUUUGCCUACGUCGCCGACAUCACAGAGGAACACGAGCGGAGCACCGCCUACGGCCUGGUCUCUGCGACCUUCGCAGCCAGUUUGGUGACCAGUCCGGCGAUCGGCGCCUACCUGUCAGCCCAGUACGGGGACAGCCUGGUGGUCCUGGUCGCCACCGUGAUUGCUGUGGCAGACAUCGCCUUCGUGUUCUUCAUCGUCCCCGAGUCGCUGCCGGACAAGAUGAGGCUGACGUCCUGGGGCUUCCCCAUCUCCUGGGAGCAGGCCGACCCCUUCGCAUCUCUGCGUCGUGUAGGUAAAGACCCGACGGUGCUGCUGAUCUGUGUCACCGUGUUCCUGUCCUAUCUGCCUGAGGCCGGCCAGUACUCCAGCUUCUUCCUGUACCUGAAACAGGUGAUCCAGUUUUCUCCCGCAGCCAUCGCUGCCUUCAUCGCCAUGGUGGGAGUCCUCUCCAUCAUCGCUCAGACUCUCCUCCUCGGGGUUCUCAUGAGGACCGUGGGGAACAAGAGGACGGUUCUGCUGGGCCUGGGCUUCCAGCUCCUCCAGCUCACCUGGUACGGCUUCGGCUCCGAGCCCUGGAUGAUGUGGGCGGCAGGGACAGUAGCAGCCUUGUCCUCCAUCACCUUCCCAGCCGUCUCUGCUCUGGUGUCACACAGUGCAGCACCUGACCAACAAGGUGUGGCUCAGGGGAUGAUCACCGGUAUCAGAGGAUUGUGUAACGGUUUGGGUCCGGCUCUGUACGGCUUCAUCUUCUUCCUGUUCAAUGUGGAGCUGGACGACAUAGAGCCGGUGUCAGGAAGACCCACAAAGAUCACAGAGAAGUCCCUGAUCCCUGGCCCCCCCUUCCUGUUCGGAGCGUGCUCCGUCUUCUUCGCCCUCAUGGUGGCGUUCUUCAUCCCAGAGAACCAGCGACUGGCCGACGUCAAAACCAGCUCCGCCCGCAAGACCAGUGGAGCCACCGCCCUGAGCACCAGCCCUCUGGCCACGCCCACCAGUGACACAGAGGACAUUGAGCCGCUCCUGCAGGACAGCAGCCUGUGACUGACAGCUGGCCCGGCCAAUCACAGCGCUGAGGCCUGAGCUCCACUCUGCAGGUCCGGCCCAUUUCAAAAUGAAGAGCUUUUGUUUUUAUUUCCUCCGAUUCUGACUGUUCAGAGAAGAGUCAGGAAACAUCAGGCGGCAUCAAACCGACGAGCUGGUUUCAUCAACCCACGGACGACACAUCAUAUUCAUAGAGCUCAUGUUUCAUCAUCAAACAGCAGGAAGGUUAUUAACAUCAAACAUUGAUUAAUUGUUUCAACCAAAAAUUCAUCAUUCUCUGGUCACAGAUCCUCAGAUGAGAGGGUUUCCUGAAACCAGAUGUUUUAUAUAUAAUAACUGAUAUUUAGAGCAACGUAUUGACAUAACUACACACUGAUGAUAACAUCAUGUUACUAAUCGAGCGGCUCUCCAUCAUUAGUUAGUUUUGUGUAGUGACAUUAAAAUCUGCUCGGACGCACAAACAUCAA